GCUUUUGGCCGGAGUCACCCAAUUUGGCCUGCGAGAUGGAGCGCCGCGUGGUGGCCGACGUGGCCCGCAAGAAGGCCACACGCCUCACCGGCGUGUUGUCCUUGAUGGUGGUCGAGUGGCUGGCGGCCAAAGGCUUGGUGGCGUCUCAGGCUGCUGCGCCGGAGGUGUUGCAGUUGCUGCCAGAUUUGGCCUGGCAACAGGAGCACGGCCUCUUUGCCUUGGACCCCGAAGAGCUACGCGUGUGGCCACCGGGGGCGAGCCGAGCAGAGACGAGGGAAUUCACGAAGCUGGGAAUCGCCCAAUGGUCCAAUGGCAGGCUCGGCGCGGGCACCUCCAUGCACCACUGGCGCGACGUGGCGCUGAACGAGACCCACACCGCCCUGGAGUACAUCACCUCGGAGCUGAAAACAUUGCUUGGUGCCUCGCCAGUCACGCUGGAGCAUGUCCGUUGGGCCUACCUAUUUUGUGGAAGGGCCCUCCUGGCACUUAGCAGUACACCCGGGAUGCUUUGCCUUUUAUGGCUGCCUGCUUUGGCGGAAGCGAUUGCUUCGGUGCCCUUUGCCACUGAGAGCUAUAGUCAGCACGUGGAAGCCUUGCAAGGACGUGUCACUUUCUAUUGGGCAGUCGAUGAGAGCAAGCAGAUCUUGCGUGCUGGCGUGGCGGCGCAGACUGCUGGCUGGUUGGGUGUUGGUUUCAAUGCCUUUCCGGAAAUGACUGGGGCGGAUAUCGUGAUGAUGAGCGUGGAUGCUGAUGGGAACCCCUUGGCGGUGCAAGACCUGCACGCGACGGGCUUCAGCACUCCAGUGGCAGAUGUCACUCAAGACGUUGUGGUGAACAGCCAGGGCCGCAGCAAUGGCAUUUCCUGGUUCACCUUUGAACGGAAUCUCACCAACUGCGACACCCAGGGGGACUACCAGUUUGUUCGGAUUGGCAAUGAGUUCACCUUGCUGGUGGCGGUGGGAGACAGUCAUACCUGGCAAAACCAUGGUGCAAGCAACCGCGAAGCAAUUCGCAUGCGUCUCGUGGAGACAGCGUCACCAGCUUUACCUGCAGAUGUCAUACAGCUGCCAAUCCUGGCUCCUGAUGCUACUGUGCCGACUGCUCCUGGUAGCUACGUGUGCUCUUUGCACGAGCUGCCCAACGACCGGGAGUACCAUUUGGUUCGCUUCAAGGUGAAACGUGGUACAGCGGCACUGGUUUCGGACGGUGGUGGCUCAGUGCUACACCACGUGGACAUGUUUAGCUGCAAACAUCUUCCAGGAGCUGUGAACGCGAUCGUGGCCUGUGGCGUCGCCAUGGCCGCCUGUGAUGAGAUGCUUUUGAGUGGUGGCUACUCAGGCCAUGGUGAAGACCUGCCACCAGACACGGGGCUGUCCAUCGGACCAUCCAACAAGUACGUCAUGAUCAACAGACACUUCUACAAUGCCAAGGGCCAGGCCGGCAUCAUUGACUCUGGCACAGGAUACGACAUUUGGUACACGCCGACCCUGCGUCCCAACAGCAUGGGCCGCUUGAGCAUUCUGCAGGGUCACCUCGACAUACCUGCCGGAGCCACAGGCUUCACGAGCAUCGGCUACUGCCCGCAGAAGUGUACGGAAAGCAUGUGGCCCAGUAGCGGCAUCACCGUGACCAGCGUGAACUUCCACAUGCACUCCAGUGGACGUCGCAUACGGCUGCAGGUGAUCCGCGCGGGGCAAGAGAUGCCGGACAUCGCUCGAUUGGACCCCUUCAGUGAUGCCGGGGCCAACGUGGAGGUGAACUACAAGCUCCUCCCUGGAGACACCUUGAGGCUUCAUUGCACCUAUGACAACCCCUCCAGCGCGAUGCUGAAAUGGGGUGAGGAUCGGUAUGAUGAAAUGUGCGUGGUAAACAUGCUCUACUAUCCCAAAUCGGAGCUCCUGGCGUGCGCGGACUUCGCCAAGGGUCAAACCGAGAUGUUUCCUCCCAGCCAGGCAUUCAAGACGAUGUGCCAAACGUAUUGCCAGCCCGGGCAAGCUUGUGGCAAGGGCGGCGUGUGUGAGUCCAUCAACUUUGAUGAUGAAGGUUGCAUGAAGUGCGCUUGCCCUUUAUGUGACAAUGACUACUCCAAUCCGGUCGUCUUUUGCUCCUCCACUGGCGAGACGAAGAGUGUCUUUGAAGAUCCCAUCCUAUGCCCUAACUGCUUGCAAGACAAGACCUCUGAAGCUCCCAAAGUGUCUGACGCCUGUGCAGGCGCGUGGGGAAAUGCCACGGGCACGGGCACUGGUGGUGGUAGUAGUACCGCUUCUCCAAGCAGCUCCGCGUCGUCGACGGCGCCAGCAAAUACCAACAGUGGCAGUAUCCUGGAUUCUGCUGGGCCUCAGCUGCCAGCCUUUGUUGCCUAUGGUCCUUGCUAUGGAUUGUCGAGGCGGUUCGGUCAAACUGGAUGUUUUCAACGGGACAAAGUGGAGGAAGGUUUGGAAGAAGUGCAAGGCGAACGUCUCCUCACCCAGACCUGCUUCCGCUCCACCGAGUGGCCCGUGUCAGAGACAUGGGGCAUCCGGCCGACAUCGGGCAUCGCCGCCGAACCACGGUGGUUGUGGUGGUGCAUGGAUAUGGUCAGGGUGAAGGCCAUGAGCUGUGAGAGAGUUCUGCGGGGUUCGACGGGGGCAGGCCCCGGCGCGCCGCCAGAAGAACUGGAGCUGCCGAGCCAGGUUUGGUUCCUGUGGCCUCUUUUCCUGGCACGUCCGACGGCGGAUCCAGAGCACGGGGCCCUGCUGCGGCACAACAAGGCGGAGCAGGUCUAUGAGGUCCUAGCGCCACGAGACAUGAACGCCUCUGAGGAGUUGUUGUUUCUGGACCUUCGCUUGACGGACGCCUCCGCCCUGUGCUUUCGCGGCGUGUGGCUCACGGCGAAGCAUCGCGCGCAGUUGAAGCUUCCGCUGCCUUCCUGGGCCAAAGGAGCACUGCCCAUGAUGCAGAAGUAUGGCUGCACGCUGAACGCGGCGCUGAAUCUCAUCGUGCCGCUCGCUCGGGACGUGGAUCCUGCCUUCUUGAGCUGCAUGCGGCUGGCCGUGCUUGAUGCCGAGCGCUUGGCCAAACUCGAGCGGCGAGGCUGGUUGGAGCACUGGCCACGGACAACGCCCCUCGACCAGGCGCAGGAGCAGCAAGCAGCGCAGCUGGCGGUGGAUCUCCUGCAGAAGGCCCUCGAACGGUUGACGCAAUCCAGCUCUGAGCUCCGGCAACGCUUUGGCAGCGACUCCGUCGUGCAACGGCCCUGCGUGCGGGUCCGCGAGGCUGAGACUAUGGUCGUGGUGAGUUUGUUGAAAUCCAUGCAGGAGUUGGCACUGCUGAGCAGCAAUGAGUAUUUGUUUGAAGCUUUGCGCGACGAGCAGCGGCGGCACCUGAACGCCUAG